AUGGUGAAGACUAUGGUGGAGGGAGCGACGAGCGACUUCCUGGUCGGUCCUGAUUGGGCCAAGAAUAUCGAGAUCUGCGAUACACUCAAUAACGAACCCGGUUACGGUGUUCAAGUUAAGUUUUAUGCUACUGUUUUUCUAUAUUAUUUCUGGAGAAUGAGACAAGUGAAAGAUGUUAUUAAAGGCAUUAAAAAGAAGCUUGGAAGUAAAAAAUCUAAAGUUCAACUUCUUGUACUAACACUACUAGAGACUAUCGUAAAAAACUGUGGGGAGAUUGUCCAUAUGCAUGUUGCUGAGAGAGGUAUUCUUCAAGACAUGGUCAGAAUAGUCAAGAAAAAGCCCGACUUUUAUGUCAAAGAGAAGAUACUGACUCUGAUCGACACUUGGCAAGAAGCAUUCGGAGGAGCAAGGGCAAGAUAUCCACAAUAUUUUGUUGCAUACCAAGACUUGUUGCGUGCUGGGUCAGUAUUCCCCCCGAGAUCUGAGAGGUCUUCACCUGUUUUUACUCCUCCUCAAACAAAGCCGUUGUCUUCUUAUCCCCCAAACAUUCAAAAUUCUGAUCGGCAAGAGAUGACCCAGUCUUCUGAAGAGUCGGAGUUCCCAACCCUGAGUUUGACAGAAAUUCAGAAGGCGCGGGGCAUUGUGGAUGUCCUUGCACAAAUGCUAAAUGCUUUAGCUCCUGGAAACAAGGAGGGUCUAAAGCAGGACGUUAUUGUUGACUUAGUUGACCAGUGCCGUACUUACAAACUAAGAAUUGUUCACCUUGUCAAUUCCACAUCGGAUGAGUCACUUCUAUGUCAAGGUUUAGCAUUGAAUGAUGAUUUGCAGCGAGUACUGGCAAAACACGAAGAAUUAGCUUCAGGAAGUUAUUCUCAAGCAGACAUAACUAAGCAUGAACCUGUAAAUGUCAAUGGUUCCCUACUUGAUUCUGGGAAUAGCAGCCAGCAGUCUGAUGGGAGAUCUAUCUCAAACACUGGUGCAAGUUCUAAACCAUUUAAUCAGUCAUUGCUUCCUGCUUCUACUCCUUCUGCAACUAAUGGUUCAACUCUUCCGGCAGCAGUUGGCCCCAAGAUAGACCUGCUUAGUGGUGACGACUACAAUUCACCGAAGGCAGAUACACUGGCCCUUGUUCCUUUGGGAGAACCCCAACAAACAAGUCCUGCAUCACAGCAGAAUGCCCUUGUUCUCAUUGAUAUGUUCUCUGAUGGUAACAACUCUGCUUCUGCUAGAGCCCAAUCUUCAGAUUCAGCUAGACAAACCAAUCGUUUGACUCCUCAAGGUCAGCAGCUGCAACAACAACAAAAUUUUCAUGCGAAUGGAACUGUACCAAACACGGGAUUGCCUCGAUACGAGCAGUCAUAUGCUCAAUGUACACGUCCUGCCUGGAAUGGCCAAAUGGUUCAGCAGCAGCAAAAUUUUCCUGCGAAUGGAGCUGUACCAAACAUGGGAUCACCUGGAUAUGAGCAGUCAUAUGCUCAAGGCACAGGUCCUUCCUGGAAUGGACAGAUGGUUCAGCAGCAGCAGAAUUUCCAUGGAAAUGGAACUGUAUCAAACUUGGGAUCACCUCGCUAUGAGCAGACAUGUUCUCAAGGCACAAGUCCUGCCUGGAGCGGCCAACUGGUUCAGCAGCAGUCACAGGAUUUUCAUGCCAAUGGAACUGUGUCAAGCAUGGGAUCACCUCGUUAUGAGCAGACAUGUGAUCAAGGCUCAAGUCCUGCCUGGAGUGGCCAGCUGGUUCAGCAGCAGCCGCAUAAUUUUCAAGCAAAUGGAACCAUAUCAAACAUAGGAUCACCUCGAUAUGAGCAGUUAUGCACUCAAGGCACAACUCCUGCCUGGAAUGGCCAUCUGGUUCAGCAGCAGAAGCCCCUCUCACCUAUCUAUGGUGCCCAGAGUAGUGGCUCACUGCCACCACCACCAUGGGAAGCACAAGCAGCAGACCGUAGCCCCGUCGCAGGUUCACAGUAUCCCCAGUCGGUGGUUACUCAAGUUGUCGUAACACAUAACCUACCUCUAGGACCUCAGCAUACGGGAAGUGAUCAUGUGGUGGGUAUGUAUAUUCAGCCAAUCACAAGCGGUAAUCUGUCAGCAAUCAACAACCAAGCUGCUGCUGCCGGCAACCAGUUUUGUGGCUUUCAUCCCCAACUGAACCAGGGAGCACAGUAUAUGGGCAUACAUCCACAACAAAUGCCAACUAACCAGAUGGCUUCAUUGUAUCCCCAACAAAUGAUGUAUGGCAACCAAAUGGGAGCAUAUGGGUAUGGGGAGCUACAGUAUAUUGAUCAGAAAAUGGAUGCGUUAUCCAUCAGAGAUGACAGCAGCAGCCUGAGAAACUCAGCCUACCAGGUCCCAACUUCAUCAUAUGUCCCACCAGGCAAGCCUUCAAAAGCAGAGGAUAAGCUGUUGUUUGGAGACCUUGUUGACAUGGCCAAUAUUAAAUCAAUAAACACCGCUUCUGGAAGAGCUUGGUAGCAUGUUUGUUU